CCACCACAGGCCCGUCGCAUCUGCGCUUUUCCCCAAGGCCCUGCCGAUUCUCGCCAUGUUCUCGUCUCUGGCCAAGCUCGCUUCGGCGCAAAGGAUCUACCACCGCUCCUUCUCCACUUCGGCCGCCCGGCUCUCGAAUGUGUCCAACAAAUACAGCUCGCGCAUCACCCAGCCCAAGGCCCAGGGCGCCUCCCAGGCGAUGCUGUACGCCACGGGACUGACCCCCGACGAAAUGAACCUGGCCCAGGUUGGAAUCUCGAGCGUCUGGUACGAGGGCAACCCGUGCAACAUGCAUCUGAACAUCCUGUCUGAAGAAGUCAAGGCUGGCGUCAAGAAGGCUGGUCUUGUCGGAUACCGCUUCAACACUAUCGGUGUCAGCGACGGCAUCAGCAUGGGCACCGCCGGCAUGUCGUACUCGCUGCAGUCCCGCGAGAUCAUCGCCGAUUCGAUCGAAACCGUUAUGGGCGCCCAGUGGUACGACGGCAACAUCUCUCUCCCUGGAUGCGACAAGAACAUGCCCGGCUGUCUGAUCGCCAUGGGCCGCAUCAACCGCCCCUCCCUGAUGGUCUACGGCGGCACCAUCAAGCCUGGUGUUUCGUGCCAGAACAAGCCCCUGGAUAUCGUCUCAGCCUUCCAGAGCUACGGCGAGUAUCUCGCCGGCAACAUCACCGAGGAGCAGCGCUACGACAUUGUGCGCCACGCCUGCCCCGGCGCCGGUGCGUGCGGUGGCAUGUACACCGCCAACACAAUGGCCAGUGCCAUCGAGGCCCUUGGCAUGACCCUGCCCUACAGCUCGUCGAUCCCUGCCGAAGACCCCGGCAAGAUCGAGGAGUGCCACAAGGCUGGCGAGGCCAUCAAGUACCUUCUCGAGAACGACAUCAAGCCCAGCGACAUCCUGACCCGCAAGUCGUUUGAAAACGCCAUGGUGCUUACCAUGGUCCUCGGUGGCUCGACCAAUGCCGUCCUGCACUUGAUUGCCAUCGCCAAGAGCGUCGGCAUCGAUCUCACCAUCGACGACUUCCAGAAAGUCAGCGACAGCACUCCCUUCCUUGCUGACUUGAAGCCUAGCGGCAAGUACGUUAUGGAGGACCUGCACAAGAUUGGCGGCACCCCUGCCGUCCUCAAGUACCUCCUGGAGAAGGGCAUGAUCCACGGCGACUGCCUCACCGUCACCGGCAAGACCUUGGCCGAGAACCUGGCCAAUGUUCCCGGACUCACACCUGGUCAGGACCUGAUCCGCCCCUUGGAGGACCCCAUCAAGCCCAGCGGCCAUCUCCAGAUUCUUUACGGCAACGUCGCCACCGAGGGCUCCGUCGCCAAGAUCACCGGCAAGGAGGGUCUCGUGUUUGAGGGCAUCGCCAACGUCUUUGACUGCGAAGAGGAUAUGCUCGCUGGACUCGAGAACGGCAAGAUCAAGAAGGGCGAUGUCAUCAUCAUUCGCUACGAGGGUCCCAAGGGCGGUCCCGGCAUGCCCGAGAUGCUGACCCCCACCAGCGCCAUCAUGGGCGCUGGCCUUGGUAAGGAUGUCGCUCUCCUGACCGACGGCCGCUUCUCGGGCGGUAGCCACGGCUUCAUCAUCGGCCACAUCUCGCCCGAGGCCCAGGAAGGCGGCCCCAUCGCCCUGAUUGAGAACGGUGACCGCAUGGUCGUCGACGCCAUCAACCGUGUCAUCAACGUGGAUCUGACCGAGGCCCAGCUCGCCGAGCGCAAGAAGAAGUGGGUUGCCCCUCCCCUCAAGGCCACCUCGGGCACCCUGCGCAAGUUCAUCAAGAACGUUAGCUCUGCCUCCCAGGGCUGCGUCACUGACUUGUAAUCGGUCGUAUCCAAACAAACCGCCAAUCCCCCCUCCCCUCGGACUGGCACUGGCAUCACCCAACCUCGCGCACCGCCACGGUGCGUUCGUGCUUUCAUAGAGCAUAUUUUGCCACUCGGCGAAAUAUACAUUGAGUUCCGAGAGC